UACGCUAGGGGGGAAAUUACGAAAAUUAAGAGAAUAGGGUGCAAAUUAAAAGUUGUACAUAGAUUAGAGUGAGCAAGAAACUCCAUAUGUAAUUGUUUCGUUGGAGAGAAGCAUGUUGUCGCCGCCGCCAUCACCGCCACCGCCACCAUCACCAGCGUUGUCAACCGCAGGAUCUCGGUCCCCGCCGGAGAAGAAACAAAAGCUGAACGAGGGAGAUGGAGAUGGAGAUGGAGAUAAAGGUCAAAGCGGAGACUUAUCAGCCGAAUCGGAUUCAGAUUGCGAAAUUCAGGAGGAUACUAUAGCUCCCGUCAUGAAGUAUUAUUUAGAAGGAAUUUGCCCUUGCUGCAAUCAGAAGGUCGACAAAGCUCUUUGGCAGAGGUACCGCCAACAAAUCAAAGAGAGCGAGGGCUUUGACAUUAAAUAUGAAGAUUGUCCUAGUGGAUGCUCGAUGGUGACCAUCUGGCCCAUGACAGGGUACUUAAAUAAUCCUGAGAAUGUUAAGGAGUUGGAAGAUUAUGCUCAAAAGGCACUUGAUACAUACAAUGCUCGAGAGGGCACUAAAUAUGUGGUCGAGAAAAUUCUUAAGGUGAAUGGAAGUGGCUGUCAUGACUUCCAUUUCUAUAUUACUCUUACUGUCAAGACAUCUGAUGGCGAAAAGCUGUAUUUUCAAGCUAAGGUGGUGCGAAGUUUGGAAGGUUCUUUGGAUUUCCCAGUCGUCAGGCCUAGGGCGAAGGGAGAUAAGGACAUAUGGUGAUGUGAAGUCUGCAUCAAGGUUUAGCUUCAUGGUAACAGCUUGUGGAAAUGUUGGACAGGAUUAGCAGCUUUGUGGUGAUAUAAUUUAAUUGCCCUUCUUAUAGCCUGUUUGGCCAGGCUUCUUCCUAGUCCAAAAGUGCUAGGAAGAACACUUUUUUGGGAAGCCUGUAUGGCUAAGCUUUUUUUUUUCUUUCAAAAAAUACUUUUUUUCUAAACUGGAGGUGUUUGGCCAAGCUUUUUGGGAAAAAAACGCUUUUGGGAAGAAGCAGAAGCACUUUUUGUGAAGCAGAGAAAAGUAGCUUUUCCCCAUAAUCAGAAGCAGUUUUACUUUUCUUUUUAUCGAAAAUACCCUUAGCAAAAUGUAGUAUAUUCCAAAAUAACCUUAUUCUAAACCUAAUACUUGGGAUAUUAAUCUAUAAAUAUUUUUUCUUACUUUUAGGAUAGCCUUCUAAUAUAUAGUGACUUCUGGGGUGAAUGUUUUUAUAUUUGUUGAAUAAUUUUUUGAUAUAUUUAAAUCAUCUUGAAAGAAUUAAAGUACUUUUUAAUUUUAUUUUCAUAUUUUAUUUAAAUAAAAUAAAAAAACUUAAUUAUUAUCUUUAAUAAUAAAAUUUUGAAUUUUUUUGUUUUGUCACAUAAUAUUAACUAUUAAGUAAAUCUCUUCAUGUCAUAAUUCUUAAUUUGAUACUUAAAAAUAUUUUUUGAAAAGUUUGGUCAAAUACAAAUUAUUAUUCAAAAGUGCUUUUUAGAUUGAUUAGCCAAACAUAAACUGCUUCUCUUCAAAAGUACUUUUUCGCAAAACACUUUUGGAAAAAUCACUUUUCGAAUAUUUUUCUAACUUGGCCAAACAGUCUAUUAAGUUUUUGGCCAUGUUAAAGUUAUGUUUAAGAUGUUAUAAUUAACUGAAGAUUUGGUCGUUUAAGGUGGAGGAAUUGCUCCAUUUAAUUUUC